AUGGUGACUGCUACUGCUCCUACCACUUGGAUUGGUUGGGACAACCCGAGGGCGGAUGCCCUCCAUGAUCCGUCGCUGCAUCUGCCUCGACUGCUCUGUUUCCACGGCGGCGGGACCAAUUCCAACAUCUUCCGCACGCAAUGCCGAGCCAUCAGCAAGGCGUUGGCGACGUCGUUCCGAUUCUGCUUUGUCGAAGCACCCUACCGAUCGCAUCCUGGGCCAGAUGUCGCCCGUGUGUUCAAGGACAUGGGCCCGUUCAAAGCCUGGCUUCGCUGGAAGAACGACGAGCCAGACCCAGACACAGAUGCAGAUCAUCAGCACCAUUCCCAACACCCGCAGCACCUGCCUCCUUGCCCAGAAGCUGAUGCUGAUGCUGAUGCUGUGAGGCGCAUCCACGACAGCAUCCAAGCUGCCAUGGACCAAGACAACGAGCGUGGAGGCACCGGUGAAUGGGUUGGGCUGCUCGGCUUCAGUCAGGGCGCCAAAAUCUGCGCCAGCAUCCUCUUCACCCAGCAACACUGUGCAGAGGUGCUUGGGACUCGGAACCAGACCCAUGGCCAUGGCCCUAGCCCUGACCUCCCUCGCUUUCGCUUCGCCGUCCUCCUCGCCGGCAGAGCGCCUUUGGUCUGGCUGGAUGCGACAUCCGACGUGACCAUGGCCACAGGAGUCGUUGGGGCGGCCACACUGUCCACGGCGUUGAAUAAUGGUAUCAGCCUGCCUCCCAUCCCAUUGGCCGAUCGGUUGCGUACGCCUACGCUGCAUGUCCACGGUCUCCGCGAUCCGGGCCUUUCGCUGCAUCAAGAAUUCCUCUACCGUUGCUGUGAUCCAGCCACGACACAGCUCCUUGAAUGGGACGGCGCACAUCAGGUUCCUAUCAAGUCUGUCCAUGUCCGGGCGCUGGUGCAGGAAAUUCUCGUGCUGGCAGGGAGGGCCGAUGGCCAUGAAUCUUAA